AAUGCUGUUUGUGGCUUUUAAAUUGAAAUGGUUUCAUCAUAGAGAGACUUAAGCACCUUUAGCGUUAGAUUAAACAGUUUAAACAAAUGGGGCGGAGCAAAAAGGCAGGACGUGGGAGAUCUGCUCGGGGAGGCUUUAAAAAUAGUGACAGAAAAACUCAUCGGUCAGAAAAGUUCAGUGAUGUAGAAACAGAACUCGAUGGCCUAACCGUGGCAUGCAGUUCGUCAUCUUCAAUUGGGACAGAUGAACCAUUAAUUCCUCAAAGUAUUUCACUGGCUAUGUGGGACCUGGAACAUUGUGAUCCACGAAAAUGCACUGGGCGUAAGCUGAGUCGGAUGGGACUAGUACGAAGUUUGCGACUGAAUCAGCGUUUUCCUGGACUUAUAUUAUCUCCCAUGGGCACUGUCCCAGUUUCACCACAGGACAGAGAUAUUGUCACUUCUGGAGGUAUAGCAGUCAUUGACUGUUCUUGGGCUCGGCUUGAAGAUACACCUUUUGGACGAAUGAAGGGAAGUCAUCCUCGCCUGCUACCUUAUUUUGUUGCCACCAAUCCCAUCAAUUAUGGUCGUCCUUGGAAAUUGUCCUGUGUUGAGGCUUUUGCUGCAACCUUGUGGAUUACUGGUUAUCGUGAGCAGGCUGAGUCAAUUUUAGCCAAGUUCAAGUGGGGAACAACUUUCAUACAGGAGAACUGUGACUUGCUUGAUAGGUAUGCUGCUUGCAGCACACCUGCUGACAUUACAGCAGCUCAAGAGGCACAUCUGCAGCAACUGCAGCAUGACCAUGAAGAAAACAGAGAAAAAGAUCUUCUUUACAUUGACGCAUCAUUGGAUGUUUGUAAUCCUAAUCGCCCAGUACACGCACAGCACCUACAAGUCUCAGAUUCUGAGACGAGAGUGAAAAUGAGGAUACUGGUGAGGAAGAAGUUUCAAGAGACUCUGGUGAGGAAACAAAUACCACAGAAGAAGAUGAAGAAGAAUCAAAGAAAAACACAGAAUUUAAUAAAGAUGUGAUAACUACUGAUGAAGUAAGAAAAGCUGCUUUAGAUGACCAGAGACUGAAUAAAAACAGCACAACAAAUCAAGACAUCAGGGAUGAAGAGGGUACUUGAGCAAGGAAUGUAUAUAUUUAGUGGACUGUACCAUUCAAGUGAAGAUGUAUGUAAGGUGGAUGAGCAUGUAAACUUUGGUGCUUACUUGGUCAGAUGUCAUAGAUUGAAAAUGCUUUAUACAGAUAUGCAGAAAAACGAAGGUUUAGGUUCAUUUUUUUUUUUUUCUCUCACUCUCUAAUGCAAAUGGGAAAAUGCCUCCAAAGUCAGUAGGGUCUUUAAAAAAAAUAAAAUUACUUCCACAAAGCUA